UAUAUAAAUAUUAAAAUAGAUUAUCAAAUAAUAAUGAUUAAAUCUAAACUCUGGAUACUUGUAUUAACAUUAUUAUUAAUAAUUACAAUAAGUUUGGCCGACGGUGAUGGCGAUGGCGAGGAAGGCAACGAAUCGACUACCACUGAAGCAUCGGAAAAGGUAACAACCGGUGGUAAAGACGGAAGCAAAGCUGGCGGUGACGGCGAAAACGAUACGUGCGGUUUGCGUCGGACAGAUGUGGACGCAAAGGCACGCAAGAAGUUGGUCGGCGCCAAAGGUAUGGGUCGUAUUGUCGGCGGUGUUGAUGCCGAGCCAUUCGAGUUUCCGUGGCAGGUGUCCAUUCAGAUUUAUAUACCGAAGAAGAAAAAGAUUGAACACUUUUGCGGCGGUGCCGUCAUCAGCGACCAGUGGAUAUUGACGGCCGCUCACUGUCUUGAUGUUCUAAAAGGAAAAGAAAAACAUUUGAUCAUAAAAAUGGGAUCAAAUAUAAUGAAAGAUCCGAAUACACCCAACUAUUCGGUCCAGAAGUUUACUCUUCACGAAGAAUGGAAUCGCAAAACACAGGCCAACGAUAUUGCAGUGAUUAGAGUCAAUGAAAAGAUAACAUUCAAGACUAAUGACAACCAUCAGUAUGAGGUAAACAGUGUUUGUAUGCCAGAGAAAGAGUUUGAGGCCAACGGUACGGCCACACUGUCCGGUUUUGGUCAGACCGGUGCCACUGCAUCGCAGUCGGACAACCUUCAAAAGCUGGACGUUCCCAUCUAUAAUCACAAAAAGUGUGCCCGCAAUUACAAGAAAUAUGUGGAGAUUAAUGAGAAAAAACUGUGUGCCGGAGGAAAGGGAGGUCAGGACUCGUGUAUGGGUGACUCUGGAGGACCAUUAGUUCAAUUAAAUCCUAAUGAAAACCGCAUCCAAAUUAUUGGUGUUGUAUCUUUUGGCUACCCGUGCGCUGUGAAAGAUAUGCCCGGCGUUUACACCAAAGUUUCUCAUUAUAUCGAUUGGAUUAUAGAGAAAACUAAAGAGCAUACAGUAUAAUGAAAAAUGGUUGUCACACUUGUAAUGACUUUCAAUUAUAAUUAUGUGAAUUAAUAAAAACUUUUGCUAAUAAAUCAC